CUGAAAAAGUAAACUCUCUUUCUCUUUCUUUUCUUGAACUGUGUCAUAUCGACUUCUCUGCGACAUAUAUCGCAACCUCACACUCGCAAUACAGUCUACCCUAGAGAUCCGCACUCAACCCCACGUUUACGUCUACUGCCAUCAUCAUGGCAUCUGACGACCAGCAAUCCAGCAUGCUGGAAGCUCUACAGGAGAUUCAGCGCACGCAGGCUCUUCUAGUGAACGCGGUCGAAUCGCUUUCUGGUAGAUCGAUCGAAGAAUCAGGUGGAGAUGUUGGCAAGAACACCAUCCUUGAGCCAGGUUCUCGUGAAGAUGACAAUGAGGGUGGAACGCCUUCAGUAGAAGUUCCUGCUGCCUCUGGAGACAAAUUGAAAGCUCCUGCGCUUCCCUCAUCCGAACAGCGCCAGCAGCAAGGAUUCACAUCGCGUAUUAUUCUGACGACUUACCCCAAGCAGAUUGGAAUUAAUCCUUUGCCCAUGGACUGGGGAAAUCAAGACCCUGUUAAGCGUGGCCCUAUCGUAGUUUCAAGGGCUGCUUCUACUAUUCGACGUCGUAAUGGUUCUGGUGGUUCGUACUCGAUCUACUAUGCCCUCGCCGUGGCCAGCAACGAAUUGAACGCCGACCACCGUCCCGACUUCACCAACACCGAGCCGGCCGCGAACAUUGGCCCUUUCCCUCAAUGGGGAGACCCCAAGAAGAUUGUUGCCAUGGACCCCUGGGGACAUCUCGCUCCUUGGCUGUUCAAGGACACCAUCGAGAAGGACAACGUCGAUAUUCGACCGACCAUUGCCAUCACCAAGGCUCAUAUGAAGCUUCCUGAACUUGCCGAGAGUGUCAAGGCCGGCCGACUGGUACCCGAUGGCAAGGUUUGCCUGAAUGAUCAGGGUGAACUGGCUGUCACCAAGUUUGCCGUUGAACCAGUCUGGUACCUCCCCGGUGUGGCAGAGCGAUUCGGUAUUGACGAGGCCACCCUACGACGUUCCCUGUUUGAGCACACAGGAGGAAGUUACCCAGAGCUUAUCACCCGCGGAGACAUCAAAGUAUUCCUUCCUCCGAUUGGUGGUCUCACUGUGUACUGCUUCGGAGAUCCAGCCAAGAUGUCGGAUGAAUCGGUUCGACUGUCUCUGCGAAUCCACGACGAGUGCAACGGCAGCGACGUGUUCGGAUCUGAUAUCUGCACUUGCCGUCCUUACUUGAUCUUUGGUAUCGAGGAAGCCGUCAAAGAGGCUCAGAAUGGUGGCAGUGGUGUUGUCAUCUACUUCAGAAAGGAAGGCCGUGCGUUGGGAGAGGUCACCAAGUAUUUGGUCUACAACGCGCGUAAACGCGGAGCCGAUCGCGCAUCAGACUAUUUCAAGAGGACCGAGAACAUUGCAGGUGUCAAAGACAUGCGAUUCCAGGCUCUCAUGCCGGAUAUCCUGCAUUGGCUGGGCAUCAAGAAGAUUGACAGGAUGCUUAGCAUGAGCAACAUGAAGCAUGAUGCGAUUGUCGGACAAGGGAUCCCCAUUCAUGAGAGGGUCGAGCUUCCAGAAGAACUGAUACCCGCUGACUCGCGAGUCGAAAUUGACGCCAAGAUUACAGCUGGCUACUUUACCACUGGUAAACGUAUGACUACCGAAGAGCUCCAGGCGGUCCAGGGAAGAAUAUGGGAAGACUUCGAUCAUUAGACGAAACCGGAUAGAUACGGGCUCAAGCUGUAUGUACAGUAGGGACGUGGCGCUGAGCGUCGCGGGGUGCGUCAGCAGCUUCCCAAGUUUGCAGGUUACUGCAGGUCGGUCUGAGCCGUUUUGCGUGGGGGAAGGAUGAUGAUUGCUCAGAAUCCAUACGAUGGCGACGAUGCCACGGUACCAUUCAUCCGUGGUGUUGGGGCUGAGUGUCCCGAACGAGGUACCCGGUCAAGGUGGCAGGUCAUACAGGGCAGUUGAUGGGUUGGAGACAGUGAGAGAAGGCCGUUGGGAGCAUCCGUUUUCGAGUUUAAGCGCGUCCGGGAGGGAGUUGCUAGCAAGGUUGUGCAUGCUGUAGAGGUUGCGAGAUUUGAAGAUGUAGAGUGACUGACACUGGAUAGUGAGUGGAACUCGGAAUGGAAGCCUACCCUACUAGUAAGGGGAUGGCCAGGAUAGUACCGAAUGGAUUAAAUCCACCUUUCGAGGCCC